UGGAUGUUCACGUUAUGGUUCAGCUAAUGAAGCUAAAUGAUUUGUGGGAAUUAUAUAUUUUCUAAUGGUGUUGACUUGUAAGUUAAUAAUUAAUCCUUCAUUCUCACAACACAUGCAUGGAACUUUACUUGAUAAUAAUUUCAAUGAUUAUUCAAUUUCUUUGAACAGAAAAAGUGGAGAGUGUGAGCAUCAGCUUCCCUAUAAAGCAGCCCGGACAAGUGCUUUCCUCAAACACAACUAGCACAAAUACUUCAAAGCAAAUAUAAAAGAGUCGAGUCAUGGCUAAGAAUCAGCAGACUCUAGCUCGGUUUCUAUUUUCUCUUGUUUUGUUUUUGGCCCUCUUACUCUAUGUUGAUGGUAAGACAGACAGUCACAGCAACGGUCAUAAUAACGGUCAUAACAAUGGCCAUGCGACGAGGAGAGGAAGAUGGGAGGGUAAGCUGAAGAUGAAAUUCUAUCACAAGACCUGUCCUGAAGCCGAAGAUAUCGUGAACGAAAUUGUGUCCAAGAAAGUCAAAGCAAACCCUAGCUUAGCUGCCAAGUUACUGAGGGUUCAUUACCAUGACUGCUUUGUUAGGGGGUGUGACGCAUCACUGCUUUUAGAUUCAGUUGCUGGCAAAGCCGCGUCAGAGAAGGAAGCGAGACCUAAUCUCUCGCUUGUAGGGUUUGAAAUCAUCGAUGAGAUCAAGUCCAUUCUUGAAGAUCGAUGCCCCAAAACCGUCUCCUGCGCUGACAUUCUCACGCUAGCCGCCCGCGAUGCCGUCUCGUACCAAUAUGGUCGGCCGCUAUGGAAUGUCUUUACCGGACGUGUUGAUGGAAGAGUUUCAUUGGCGACAGAGGCCACCAGAGACUUGCCGUCCGCUGGGGCAAACUUCACCUCUCUACUGAAACUCUUUGCCGACAGCGAUUUGGACGUCGUUGACCUCGUUGCUUUAUCAGGAGCACACACAAUAGGAACAGCACGAUGCGGUGUGUUUGGUCGGAGACUGUUGAACUUCACCGGAAAAGGGGACACGGAUCCUUCUCUGAACUCAAGCUACGCCUCUUUCCUCAAAUCCAAAUGCUCCGACAAAUCUCAAAGACUCAUCAACUCUUCCGCAGUGGUCGGAAUGGACCCCACAGGAGCACUCUCCUUCGACAGUGGCUACUUCGUAUCUCUCCUACAACACAAAGGACUCUUCACCUCUGACGCUGCCUUGUUGACUGAUCCCUCAGCCGCUCACAUUGCUAGUGUUUUCCAAAACUCUGAAAGCUUUCUUGCUCAGUUUGGUCGGUCUAUGAUCAAGAUGAGCUCCAUCAAGGUUCUUACACUUGGAGAUGAAGGUGGUGAGAUUCGGAGAAACUGUCGCGUCGUCAACUAAUAAAAAUCACCUUGUACCCAAACCGUCACCGUGAUUUAAUUGCACCAUGUAAUCAUUUGCUGAGUUUGUUUUACUUAUUUCUUUACUAUUAUUACCAAAAGUAACCUUCUUGUUGUGGUCUUAUAAUACAUGAAUGAUGUUGGUUAUAACGAUCUAAUGUUUCAACUUCAUGUAUUCUUCAAGUCUCAUGUUUCUUACUAGUUCUCUAUUUAUCCAAGAAACAGUGACUACUAAAACUUAGUUUCUUCUUUCCACCAAGACUAAUUGAAGCAAAAAAGGCUUGUCCCAUAUAGUUGCAACAAUCUUUUAAACUUGUGAGAUUCACUGCGACCAUUGUCAAAACAUCACAAGCUGUCUAAACUAUAGAGGAAUCAUUCAACAAAAGGCUUUUUUUGUCCAAAAAAAAAUUAUCAUCAUUAUCAUCAAUGUCAACGCUUAUUACAUGGAUGGUGUUUCAUGUUUGUAGCUCUUCGGAACGAACCAAAAGUAACCUUAAUACAUGAAUAAUGUUGUGGUCUACAUUAUGUUGGUAUUAUUAUUGGCAGCAUGUCCAAGUCUCCCAGUUUCUCAAUUCUCUAUCUAUCCAAGACACUCAGACUAUUGUCUCAACUAAGAGUAAUUGAAGCAAAUAACGCUUACUACGUAGUUGCAACCAUCUUAAAAGACUUGUGCCUCGUUGUGUCCGACCAUUGUAGCAAAACAUCAUAAGCUGUCUAAACGAUGAGAAACUUCAAUUACAAUCCUACUUUAAGCUUUUUCAUUCAACAAAAUGUUUUGUUUUUCUGAUUCUGUGCGAGUGGCAGAGCUAAUCAUCAAUGCCUACACUUACAAGACAAGAAGAACAAAAGAGACAAAGCAAACAUCACAAGCUGUCUAAACGUUGAGGAUUCACUAUUAUUACACAUCUACUUUUAAAACUUCACACGUUUUCAUUCAACAAAAGCUUUUUAUUUUUCUCAUUGUAUGUCAAAUGGCAGAGAGAAUCAUCAUCCAUUAUCAUCAAUGCCAACACUUACAAACAAACAAGACAAGAAACACAAAAGACAACAACAAAGCAAGAAACUUUUAAAACUUAAGCGAAA